AGGAUUGUGGUAAUGGAAUCCAACUCAACAUAAUUAAUAUUUUUUUAAUCCUCUAUUAGAUGGUUAUGUGCAGCAAUGUCCCUCUUUAACCCCCUAAAAAAAAAAAAGCCACUUUAACGCUCUCCACGUGUCUGCCAAGUGGUCCAAUGAGCAUACAAUCUUGAUUACAUUACCCUUCCACUCAUGUUAUCGUUCUACAACAGGAGAACACAAAUAACAAAUUAAAAAAAAAAAGCACUCAUGCUCUCCCUCCUUCAGUUUUCUUCCCCCCACAAAAUAGUUGGCUCAACUACAAAGCAGGACUACAAAAUCCAUAAUUUUUGGGUGGACGUGAAAUUGGUUCACCACUGUAUUUGUAUUUUGUGGGUACUCUAAAUUCUAAUGGGUGAAAUUGGAGCAAAGCACUUUCUGGGUGUAAAUGUAAAUCACACUAAUGAAAGAAAACCCAUCAGGGGUAAUCUAUUGUCCCAAGCUGUCACUAAAUUCAAGUUACAGCAGCCAAUCAGAAUCAAGUGUCAGUCGGUCAAUCAACGUCCAUCUACUUAUUCUUCCCGGAUUUCCACUGAUAUUGCCAUGUACGAAACUCCUGGGGCUUCAUUUGAUCAAUAUUUAGAGGAUACACCAAGAGUAUUUAAAGCAAUAUUUCCGGAUAAAAGAAGAAGCCAACAACUUAAUGAGGAAGAAUGGAGAGUUCAUAUGCUACCCAUACAGUUCUUCUUCCUUACUGUAAUGCCGGUUGUUGAUAUGAGAUUGAGAUGUACAACAAAUGGGAAGAAUUACCCUUCAGGAAUUCCACCCACCAUCUCCAAAGUUCUUGAGCUUAACAUUGUUAGAUGGGAGCUUCAAGGGCUAGAUAAUGUGUUGGAUCCCAAUCAUUUUGAUCUUGGUGUUCAUGGAUCUUUAUAUUCAGAUAGACGAGGCGUGAGAAGCAGGUUAAAGGGUCAAUUGGAGUUGAAAAUAAGUGUUGUUCUUCCACCCGUUCUUGGCUUCAUCCCUGAAGAUGUUUGCCGAAGUGUCUCAGAAUCGGUACUAAAGGGACUUGUUGAGAACAUGAAAGACAAGGUGAAUGGAAGCUUGCUAGCAGAUUACAGUAAGUUCCGAAGAGAGCGGCAAAUGAACCCAGUCUAGGUUGUAGAGAGAAAUAGGUAUUGUGUGAAAUGGACAAUCUGGAUGAAGCACCAACUAUUUCGGUCUUGUACAUUUACUUAUUGUUGAAUUUCAAGUGUAGCAUAACGUAAAUUGUUUUGAGGUUGUCAAAGGCUUCCAUACAGUUUCCUAAUAUAAAGCUUAAGGUUGUCCGCA